CCCAGCUCUAGUGUAGUUGGGACCAGAUAGUGUUGCUCCUAAACCUCAGCACAUGCACGCUAUAAGGCGAGCAUUCGUUGCUUGUAUCGAGUGAUAUGCACCCGAUAUAGUGUAGGAUCAGACGUAUCAUCGAACAUCUCCAUGGUGGGGAAUCUGCAUAAAGAACAAAAGUCAGGAGAAUAGGACAAAAGUCGUCGAGUCAUGGCAUGAGGAGAGUAGGACAUGAGGACUACUCUUGUUUCCGAAUUCCAACCAGACAGCCGAGAAGAAACAGAUAGGUGAACUCUCCCCGACCCAUUCUCCGCCAAAUACAUAUUUACGAGAUGAUGAAUGAGGAAUCCGCCGCUCAACUCGACCUAUCUCCGCCAAAUUCAUAUUCUGCGGUUGUCAUCGGCGGUACUUUCGAUCGCUUACACAACGGCCACCGCGUCUUUCUCAAGGCUGCAGCAGUGUUGUCGCGAGAGCGAAUCGUAGUUGGUGUUUGCGAUGGCCCGAUGUUGACAAAGAAGAAGUAUGCCGAUUUAAUAGAGCCAAUUAAACAAAGAAUGCAAAAUGUUGAGGACUACAUCAAGAGCAUCAAGCCUGAGCUGGUUGUACAAGCCGAACCAAUUGUUGAUCCUUAUGGUCCUUCAAUCAUUGAUGAGAAUUUGGAGGCUAUUGUAGUCAGCAAAGAGACUCUACCGGGUGGUUUUGCUGUCAAUAAGAAGAGGACUGAGAGAGGUCUCUUACAACUUAAGAUUGAAGUUGUGGAUAUACUCUUUGAAGAAUCAAGUGCAGACAAACUAAGUUCUUCUGCUUUGAGAGAGUUAGAAGCCAAGAAGCUCAGGUCAACUCAUACAGACUGACUAGAUAUAAAGUUCUAUUGCUCUUAAGGUGAAUUAUGUGUUAUCACUUAUCAGACAUUGUGUUGCCUUCCCAAAUAUAGUGGUGGAAUGGAUGGUUAUGCCUGUUAUUUCAUUUCAUUUCAAAUUAUAAAUUGGCAAGUAGACUUCUUUUACAUUUUUUCUCAGUCCUUGUUUCUCUUGAUAUAUAAGACAUAAGGUUUUUAAUGUGG